AUGGUGAAGUUUGAGAGGGUUCCUUUGCUGUUGGGGUUAGUUCUGGUUCUAACUCUGGUCGGAGCUCCGACCAAAGCCGAUGGACCUGUUUGUCGUCACGCUGAGAAAUUUAGCAGAGCUAGCUUUCCUGAAGGAUUCCUUUGGGGAACUGCAACAGCAGCAUUUCAGGUUGAAGGAGCUGUUGAUGAAGGUUGCAGAGGUCCAAGCAUGUGGGACACUUUCACUAAGAAAUACCCAGCUAGAUGUGAAAAUCAUAGUGCUGAUGUCGCUGUUGAUUUCUACCAUCGUUACAAGGAAGACAUUAAGUUAAUGAGAGACCUCAACACUGAUGCUUUCAGACUUUCUAUUGCGUGGCCUAGAAUUUUCCCCCGUAAGUUUUUCUUCAAUGAAUUAAUAUGUUUGUGGUUGUUAUCGUUACAAAUGGUUAAAAGUAUAACAGAUGGAAGAAUGUCUAAGGGGAUAAGCAAACAAGGAGUCCAAUUUUACCACGACCUCAUCGAUGAGCUUCUCAAAAACAAGAUAACUCCACUAGUAACAGUCUUUCACUGGGAUACUCCUCAAGACUUAGAAGAUGAAUACGGUGGUUUCUUGAGUGGUAACAUUGUGAAGGAUUUUACGGAGUAUGCAAACUUUACUUUCCACGAAUACGGAGACAAAGUGAAAAACUGGAUCACAUUCAAUGAGCCAUGGGUGUUUAGUCGUGCCGGUUACGACAUCGGUAAAAAAGCUCCGGGACGUUGUUCACCGUACAUCGGAGAUAAAUGUGAAGAUGGACGGUCAGGAUUCGAAGCUUAUCAAGUCAGUCACAACUUGCUCUUAGCUCAUGCUUAUUCCGUUAAAGCCUUCAGAGAGUGCAAACAGUGUGCUGGAGGUAAAAUUGGAAUUGCACACAGUCCAGCAUGGGUCGAACCAGCCGACCUUCAUGAUGCUGGAACCAGCAUUGAUCGUCUGCUUGAUUUCAUGCUUGGAUGGCAUUUGCAUCCAACAACUUACGGAGAUUAUCCACAGACGAUGAAGGAUCGCAUUGGUCAUAGAUUGCCAAAGUUCUCAGAAGCUGAAAAGAAAAUGCUAAAAAAUUCUGCAGAUUUUGUUGGAAUGAAUUAUUAUACUUCACAGUUUGCAGUUAAUGUGAAGACCGAAAAUAUGAAGGAGGUAAGUUGGACGGCGGAUUCUCUUGUUCACUUGGAAACCAAGAAUGUGGAUAAAUACGAGAUUGGUAGCCAGCCUGCUGGUGGUAAACUGCCUGUGUAUGCAAGAGGAAUGAGAGAGCUUUUGAAGUAUAUCAAGAACAAUUAUGGAGACCCAGAAAUUAUGAUCACGGAGAAUGGUUAUGGAGAGAACCUUGGUGACAAUCAAAACAAUGUAGAAGCCGGGACAAAUGAUUACAACAGGAAGUAUUAUCUUCAGAGGCAUCUCUUGAGUUUAUACGAAGCCAUUUGCGAAGACAAGGUGAACGUUACGGGAUAUUACGUGUGGUCUUUGAUGGACAACUUUGAGUGGCAAGAUGGAUACAAGGCGAGGUUCGGGCUUUACUACAUCGAUUUCCUCAACAAUUUGACUCGUCACCAGAAAAUUUCGGGCAAAUGGUAUUCCGAUUUCCUUAAGCCUGGAUUCCCAACUUCCAAGAUCGUGAGGGAAGAACUCUAG